AUGACGGAUCAGAUCACGACGAUGGAGGGCGCGAUUCGCGCGGCCGAGCAGACGCUGGAGCACAUUUUCAACCCCAACUUGGAACAGGACAAGCGCAUUCCCAUUGAUCUUCUGCACGAGGCCAAAGGGUUAGCGUUCCUCACGGUGAUCAAGAUUGGCCUGAUCUGGACGGGCAAAGUGGGUACAGGCGUCGUGAUCUCGAAGCUGCCGGAUCGUCGGUGGUCGGCCCCCAGUGCCAUUGGGACUGCGGGCAUGGGCUUUGGCGCCGAGAUGGGCGCGCAGCUGAUUGAGUUUAUGAUCAUUCUGAACUCGGACUUGGCGGUCAAGAGCUUCAUGCAGAAGGGACAGCUCUCGGCCGGUGCGAAUUUGGAGUUUGCUGCGGGGCCCUAUGGUCGCGCCGCGGGUGCGAAUGCCAACUUUAGUGCUUCGGGCAUUGCUCCCAAUUAUACCUACAGCCACAGCAAAGGUCUGUUUGGCGGCGUGGGCUUGCAGGGAUCGGGGAUUGUCGCUCGUGCUGACAUUAACAAGAAGUUUUACGGGCGGGACAUUACCCCGACGGAGAUCUUGACUGGAGCAGUGGACCAGCCGGCUGCUGCGUCUCAGCUGUACGACGCACUGCAGCGCAUUGUGAGCAUCCCGCCGUCGGGUAAUGUCCAGAACCUAAAGCAGAAGCUCAUGUCGCCGUUCACCGACCGCAUGCCUGCUGCUGCUGUGGGACCGGACGUGCAGCUCGUGUACGACCGCGUGCUGCACCUCAUUGAGGGCAUCUCGGGUCGGACCGGCGUCGACGAGUUCAAAACGAGCUGCAAGGACUAUGGCCAGAAUCGCUGCACGGACAACCAGUUUGUGGACUACUUGAGCAGCAAGUUUACGGCUGAACAGACGCUCGAGCUGGUGCCGGAAAUUGUCAAGCUGCUGCAGGAUGCUGACAAGCGGAAAUACGUCUGGGAGUACUACCUCAACGUCAAAGCGCAGUCCCGAUCGGCCAAACACGCCGCGACGUCGCCCUCGCUCUUUUAA